AUGGUCACUCGGCCCUACGAGCCGGCACUGGGCGCAGAAUCUUACAGCUCAGAACGAGUCCUUUCGGAGAGCGUCAAGAUUCUCGCAGAUGUGAUCCAGGCAUGGAUCAAGACGUCGCCCAUGAGGGAGUCGCUCCGUAGAAAAGAGAGCAAGCGCGAGAAGGGAGCAAGGAAGAUAGGGGAGAGCGAGCAAGAUGCCAUCUGGCUCAAUGAGGGUCUCGCCCUCGCCACACUUGACAGCACCACCAGGCAAGAGGCUAUGCAGCGAUCGCUCCUUGAGCAUGGGGAGCCAACGACUCCACCGUCACGAUCUCCCAUCACCUCGCCCAGGCAGAGCAUCUCGGUACCAGCGACCCAUCGCACCCAGGACUCCAUUGCGUCCACAAUCUCUCAACGAAGCAUCGCUAACACAAGCGCAAGCACGCCAGAGUCUAUCACCCGGCCUCAGACGCCACGCAUUGAGAUCUCUGCGCCGGAUUUCUUCGGCUCAUCGGCGUCUACAUCUGCGCCACCAGAAGUUCUCCAAGCCGCUAUCGAGCGCGUUGGCCAGCAGCAGGAUGCCGUCGAGGCCGAGAUCAACCAAUGGAUGAGCAAAGCCACCCUCUCUGAGUUCACUCGCCCUCGCCCUCCCAGCACUCCAGGCUCGCCUACGGUCGGACGAGCAGGAGCUGCGGCAUCCUCUCCUACAUCUUCACCGAUGUCGUCGCCAUCUAUGUCCCCCAUGUCCUCACCGACGCCGGCCUCGGCCUCAUCUGCUCCGCCCUCCCGCACCGCCAGUCCAGUCUACUUCAAGACUGGCUCCGCUCGCAAGACGGUCACCUUCUCCGAGCCUGCCGCAUUACCCUCGGUCAUGGCUCGUCCUUCUCCCUCGUAUCUACCUGCCUUUGCCCCUCACGUGCAGCUGUCCCCGUGCGCCUCUGAGGAAGAUCUUUUCUCGGAGGACACGGUAUCAGGGCCAAGAGGUAAGGUGCCCAGCUCUCCGGCCAAAUCGGUAGCUCCACUCUCAAUGCCUCCUCCCAUCAUUGCUCCCACGCCCGUCUCCUCUCGUGGCCAGCAGGGACUCAACAAUGCCGCGCCCAUGGCUCGAACCACGUCAAACACCUCGACGAAGAGCUUGCCUUCAUCCUCACCCACACUCUCACCCACCUCGCCGAGGACGUCGCAUUCGCACUCUCGCUCUCGCAACUCUUCGAAGCUUUCGCAGGAGGUUUCGCCCUCUGAGCUCGCGGGCGUCCUCGACACCGGCGCCGCUUCGAGUAGCAGCGGCCGCUCCUCCAAGAGCACAUCGCCGGUCAGCUCCUUCAGCGAUUUGAGGCAGGCGCUACGAUCGUCCUUCAAACCCAAAGGCUCCAAAGCAAAAGUCUCGCCCGUUUGA